AUGCAGCUUGAAAUUCAAGUAGCACUCAACUUUAUUAUUUCCUAUUUAUACAACAAACUUCCUCGGCGACGUGUGAAUAUCUUUGGCGAGGAGCUGGAGAGCCUGCUGAGGAAAAAAUAUGAAGGCCACUGGUAUCCGGAUAAACCGUACAAAGGUUCGGGGUUCCGCUGCAUCCACGUAGGGGAGAAGGUGGACCCAGUUGUAGAGCGUGCGGCUAAAGAGAGCGGGCUUGCCAUCGAAGAUGUCCGCAAUAACCUCCCUCAGGACCUCAGCGUGUGGAUCGACCCGUUCGAGGUCUCCUACCAGAUCGGCGAGAAGGGAGCGGUCAAGGUGUUGUACGUCGACGACAACGGCGAGAAUGGCUCUGAGCUGGACAAGGAAAUCAAGAACAGCUUUAAUCCCGAGGCCCAGGUUUUCAUGCCCAUCGCCGAGCCCGCGGGGGCGUCCUCGGAGUCCAGUUCCCCUUCGCCACCUUUCGGCCAGUCGGCCUCAGUCAGCCCCUCCUUCGUGCCGCGCUCGGCCCAGCCGUUGACGUUCACCACGGCCACCUUCGCCGCCACCAAGUUCGGGUCCACCAAGAUGAAGAGCGGCGGCCGCGGCAACAACAAUAACAACGGCGGAGCUAACAACAAAGCGGCUCGGUCGUCGCCGAUUGGCAACCUGGGACUGAACGUCAACACCUUACUGAAGCAGAAAGCCAUCUCCACCUCCAUGCACUCGCUGUACGGGCUGGGCCUGAGUCAGCAGCAACAGAAAGCCUCCGCUCUGUCCCCCAACGCCAAGGAAUUCGUUUUCCCGAAUCUCCAGGGUCAGGCCAGCCCCGCCGAGGGUUCCCUGGGACUCGGACCCCUGCCGUAUAACAAUGCCUUCGAUGUGUUCGCAGCCUACGGAAGCCUCAAUGACAAGUCCCUCGUGGACGGCCUCAAUUUCAGUCUGAGCACCAUGCAGUAUUCUAACCAGCAAUUCCAGCCCGUCAUGGCUAACUAA